GGGUCCACCUUCUUUAGUUCUCAGGGACUACAGAAACGGAGAUGACUACCAUUCACAAUCUCCAUUUUCUCCCCCAUAACUUGCGGUUGCGGCUGAGCCAGAGCACCCUUCUCCGCUCGCCCACAUAUAUCUUAAUCUCAGCUUCUCUCCCUCUCUCUCUUUGUCUCUCUCGAGCGAUCUUUAUUUUCUCCGUCCGGCAAUUUUGUCAGUCAAACUUGAAACCCAUUCACACUAUAUUUCUGGGCAGGGAUGCUAGGAAAAUCUUUAGCUUCUCCUCUACUGACCUACAAUUGUGCACCACGACUACUUUUUUCUAAUCCUGACGUCACAGCUGCUAAACCAAAUAACGUCGAUAGUCAUUCUCAGAAUGCCAUCUCAGUAGCUUGGACAUUGUGCAUUCCUUCAAAGAGAUGGACAUUGCAGUCAACCACACAAAUUGGGAAUUCGACUUUUACCGAAGAAGACAAGAAGAAAUGGGAAGCGUGCAAGGAAGCUGUGUCUACCUUUAAUUUCAGCAGCGAGGACGUGGACAAGAUACUCGGGAAAGCAUUCGGUCAGGUUCAUUCUCCUUACUGGGGUGAAGAACGUAAAAAGGUGGUGCCAAAUCUUGAGAUUGUGGACGAAAUAUUGGAUUAUUUACGGAGUUUAUGUCUAUCAGACGAUGAUCUCGCCAAGUUGCUCAAGAAAUUUCCAGAAGUCCUUGGAUGUGAUCUUGAAGUUGACUUGAAAGGCAAUGUGCAAAUCUUGGAGAAGGAAUGGGGAAUCAAAGGCAAAACUCUCCGAAGCCUUCUUCUUCGAAAUCCAAGAGUAUUGGGCUACAAUAUAGACUGUAAGGGAGAUUGUAUGGCACAAUGCACACGAUGCUGGGCUCGUUUUUAGCUCAUUCUAUGUUGUCUCUAGAAGAUCAGUACUUGAUUUGCGAAAUUCAACAUUUAUGUAACACUUUUUGGUAAAUAUUUUUAUAGGAAUUCACGAGUUUUAGAAAUAGAUGUACAUUUUAUUAGUUCUUCUGAGCAAUCAACA